AUGAGGGCUGUCGUAUUAUUGGUGGUGUGCCUGGCCGGCCUGGCCAUGGCUAGGCGUGAUACCGACGACUAUAACACGAACAACUUUGUGGCAAUGGACAUCAAGCAACGGCAACUGGUGAUCUUGAAGCUGUUGAACCAUGUGAUGGAACCCCUAAUGUACAAGGACCUGGAAGACUUUGGUAAAAACUACAAGUUCGAGGACAACUUCGACCGUUACACUAAAACCGAUGUCGUGAAAGACUUUCUCAAAAUGCUGAAGGUUGGUUUCUUACCUCGUGGUGAGAUCUUCACUCUGCACAUUGACCGCCAGCUUAAAGAAGUAGUCAACAUGUUCCACAUGCUGUACUACGCCAAGGACUUUGACACCUUCGUCAGGACCGCUUGCUGGAUGCGCCUGUACCUCAACGAAGGCAUGUUCGUAUACGCUCUCACCGUGGCUGUUAGACACCGUGAGGACUGCAAGGGUAUCAUUCUGCCUCCUCCUUAUGAAAUCUAUCCAUACUACUUCGUACGCGGUGAUGUCAUCCAGAAGGCUUAUCUAUUGAAAAUGAAAAAAGGACUUUUGGACUUGAAACUUUGCGACUUCUACGGAAUCAAGAAGACCGACAAGGAUAUCUACAUCAUUGAUGAAAAUGUAUACGACAAACGUGUCUACCUCAACCAUGAUGACAAACUCCGCUACUUCACUGAAGAUAUUGAUCUAAACACUUACUACUACUACUUCCACGUCGACUAUCCAUUCUGGAUGAAGGACAGAUUCAUGGACAAGACAAAGACUAGGCGUUUCGAACUCACAGUAUACAUGUACCAACAGAUCUUGGCCCGAUACUACCUGGAGCGUCUUUCAAACGGAUUAGGUAGGAUAAAGGACUUGUCCUGGUACAAACCUAUCAAGAAGGGAUACUGGCCUUGGUUGAAACUGCACAAUGGUAUUGAAUUUCCUGUGAGAUUCAACAACUACGUGAUUGCUCGUGACUACAACCUUGACGUCAUUCGUCUGUGCGACGAGUAUGAAAAGAUUAUAAGGGAGGCUAUCAUCAAGGGAUACAUUGAAAUUAACGGUUUGAGACUGGAACUGACCAAGACUGACGAUAUGGAAGUCCUCGGAAAACUGAUCUACGGCAACAUUGAAAAGGUUGACGUUGAUAAGACCUACGUAGACUCAUACCGCUACCUGCUGAUCGUCAUGAAGGCCGCUAUCGGUCUUAACACUUUCUACUCUGACAAGUACUUCGUCGUUCCUACUAUCCUCGACACUUACCAGACGGCUCUUCGUGACCCAGUAUUCUACAUGCUGCAGAAACGCAUCAUCGAUUUGGUGUGCUUGUAUAAACUGCGUCUACCAAGCUACACUAAGGAGGACCUCUACUUCCCCGGUGUUAAAAUCGACAACGUGAACGUUGACAAGCUUGUCACUUACUUCGACGACUAUCUGAUGGACAUGACCAAUGCUGUAUACCUGACUGAAGACGAACUCAAGAAGACCAGAUCCGACAUGAAAUUCUUCGUCCGCAAACGUCGCCUCAAUCACCAGCCGUUCAAGGUUACCUUUGACAUCUUGUCUGACAAAUCAGUCGACUGUGUCGUCAGAAUAUUCCUCGGACCUAAGAAGGACCACAUGGGCCGUCUCAUCGAUAUCAACAUCAACCGCCUUAACUUCGUUGAAUUAGAUACCUUCCUAUACAAACUGACCACUGGCAAGAACACGAUCGUCAGGAACUCUUAUGAUAUGCACAACUUAGUCCGUGACCGCAUCAUGACCCGCGACUUGUGGAAGAAGGUUGAGUCCAUCACUGACAUGAGAGAUUUCUUCAUCAAGGACUUGAGGAACUACCACACUGGUUUCCCAACCAGGCUUCUGCUUCCUAAAGGUUUCGUUGGUGGUAUGCACAUGAUGCUCUACGUUAUUGUCACUCCAUUGAAACUGGUUGACAACGUUGAUUUGAAUGUUUUGGACGUAAACCGCAAGGACUUCGUGUAUGACUUCAGGUCAACUGUUCUCCUGGACAAGAUGCCUCUUGGUUUCCCCUUCGACCGUCGCAUUGACGUUGGCAACUUCUUCACACCUAACAUGAAGUUUGUUGAUGUCACAAUCUUCCACAAGAAGCAGACUUGUGACAUGAAGACCAGGUGGAACCGCUAUGUGCUGAAAAACUACAACCUGGUAGACAGAACCCCGAUUGAGUCGGACACGUACUUCGUGGACACCGACCUUAACAUGAAAGUUGACCGCAACCGUAACCUCUUCGACAUAUAA